AUGAAGCUUGUUGCCUUGACGCUCGGUCUUGCUGCGAUCCUCCACAGCGCGGAACCCCACGGACGCAUGAUCAAGCCCGCGCACCGCGGCUGGAUGGGGCGCCUCCCGCAGUUCUCCUUUGUGCCCAUCGACUAUAGCGACAACGGCUUGAACGCGGGUGGCAUCGCGGCCACGACAUCCGGACCCCACGGUGUCUGUGGCGACCCGUAUGCGCAGGCGGCGCCCCGCGAGCACGAGACCGGUGGCAUCUACGGCCAAUUCCCAACGUACGGGGCCCGCGCCAUCACGGGCUGCUACGCGCCAGGUGCGGUCGUCGACAUUCAAAUCCAGGUCACGGCCAACCACAUGGGGUACUUUACCUUUGGUCUCUGCAAGCUCAACGAGAAGAACGACAAGGAGACCGAAGAGUGCUUCCAGACGCUGACGCAGCCUGGUGGCGAGAAGCGCUGGCCCGUGCCGCCCGGCAACGACGUGUUCAAGAUGCAGUACCAGCUCCCGAGCGGCGUCACGUGCGACGGCGAUUCCCACUGCAUCCUUCGGUGGGUCUACACGGGCGGCAACAACUGGGGCGCUGCGGGCCAAGAGCAGUUUUGGAACUGCGCCGACAUUUACAUUAGCAACACGUGCGGAAGUCCGUCGCCGGUGACUCCUGCACCCGCGGUACCGACCGUUGCACCUGUGACGCCUGCACCCGCGGUACCGACCGUUGCACCUGUGACGCCUGCACCCGCGGUACCGACCGUUGCUCCAGUGACGCCUGCACCCGUGGUACCGACCGUGGCACCAACGCCGCCGCCGUCGGAAUUUUGCAAGGGCAACACCAACGUGUGCUUCUGGCCGCUGACAAACCAAGUCGUGCCGUACCCCAAGGACGACUGCAUCCAGCAAUCUGCGUUCGUGUGGUGCCCAUAGC